AUGGGUGGUUCUCCUCCUUGCGGCAAAUCUGUUCGCUCCGUCAAGGAUUACCGUCGGCAGGUCGCGACUUCGCAGAGAUGGCCGACUAGGCCUCCAAAUCACCCUCCGAUAACCUUUUCGCCGGAUGACGCUGAGGGGAUUCACGUACCCCACAAUGACCCUCUUCCUGUAGUUCUUGGAAUUGGGGAGUACGAUGUCACCAAGGUCCUCAUCGAUACAGGAAGCUCCGUCGACCGCAUCUUCCGAGGAACCCUGCAGAAGAUGGGAGUCGAUCUCGACGACAUCAAACCAUCCUCCAGAACAUUAACCAGCUUCAACAGAUCCUCCGAAACAAUACUGGGAACAAUCCGCCUUCCGGUACGCGCAUGUGGAGUCACUCGGACUGUCAAGUUCGCCGUUGUAAGCACGAAGGCCCCUUACCACGCCAUACUUGGAACUCCCAGGAUACACUCAAUGCAGGCCAUUCCAUCUACUUAUCACCAGUGCGUCAAGUUCCCCGGUACGGACGGAAAAAUCAAAACACUGCGAGGAGAUCAAAAAGCCGCUAGGGAACUCCUAGUCGCCACAGUUAAACUCCAACGAUCGUCUUUAUUGGUUAACUCCGUCACUCCUCCAACCUAUAAAGCCUGCUCCCAGGAAGGCGAAAUUCUCGACUUACCUAUUGACGAUACCGAUCCAAGCCGGACCGCAAGGAUUGGUGCGUAUCUGUCUGAAGAAAUGCAGCGGUCAGUUCUCGACUUUCUCAAGGCGAAUGUGUCCACAUUCGCGUGGUCCAUGUCAGACAUGAAAGGAAUUUAUCCGGCCAUAACAACUCACGAACUAAACGUCAAUCCGACAGUCAAGCCUAUCCGACAGAAGCGACACAAGCUCGGUCCAGAUAGGUCAAAGGCUGUAAACGAAGAGGUCGACCGGUUGCUCGGCGCUGGUUCAAUUGCUGAGGUGCGCUACCCCGAGUGGUUAGCAAAUCCAUUAGUCGUCAAAAAGAAGAAUGGGAAGUGGCGCGUCUGCGUCGACUUCACAGACUUAAAUAAAGUCUGCCCAAAGGACAGCUAUCCUCUUCCCAACAUCGACCGUUUAGUCGAGUCCACGGCUGGAAACGAGAUGCUCACCUUCAUGGACGCUUUCUCUGGUUACAACCAAAUCAUGAUGCACCCCGACGAUCGCGAAAAAACGGCAUUUAUCAUGGAUAGAGGAACCUACUGCUAUAAGGUCAUGCCAUUUGGUUUGAAGAACGCAGGAGCAACCUACCAACGGCUUGUGAACAAAAUGUUCGCAGACAAGCUGGGCGUCACCAUGGAAGUAUACAUCGACGAUAUGCUUGUCAAGUCGCUACAUGCUGCUGAUCACCUCUGUCACUUGAAAGAUUGCUUCGAAACUCUCAACAAAUACGGCAUGAAACUGAACCCAGCAAAGUGCACGUUCGGGGUUUCCUCAGGCGAGUUCCUUGGAUACAUAGUCAUGCAGCGGCGAAUCGAAGCCAACCCGAAAUCCAUCGACAAAUGCUUGCCAUUCUACGACCUCCUCCGAGGUAACAAAAGGUUUAUCUGGGAUGAGAAAUGCGAGGAGGCAUUUAUCCAACUCAAGCAUUAUCUGACAACUCCACCCGUUCUCGCCAAGCCAGAUGUCGGCGACGUUCUAUCUCUUUACGUCGCAGUAUCACAAGCAGCAGUCAGUAGCGUUCUAAUAAAAGAGGAUCAUGGUGAGCAAAAGCCAAUCUUCUACACGAGUAGGCGCAUGACUGGACCAGAAACGCGAUACCCAACUCUGGAGAAGAUGGCACUGGCAGUCGUUGAAGCAGCGAGAAAGCUUCGCCCUUACUUUCAGUCACAUCCGGUUGAAGUAUUAACCGACCAGCCCCUCCGAACGAUACUUCAAAAUACAAACAGGUACAAAAGACUAACGAAGUGGGCUAUCGAACUCGGUGAGCUUGAUAUCACUUACAAGAACAGAACUGCAGCGAAAUCUCAGGUUCUCGCAGACUUCUUAAUCGAAUUGGCCCCGGAGUUAGAGCAAGAUCUCACACUCCCAAACCCAAACUGGACACUGCAUGUCGACGGAUCUUUCACUAACAGGGGCGCAAGUGCUGGAGUUCAACUGCAAUCCCCGACCGGCGAACUGAUCAGGCAGUCUUUUAGCUUCGGCUUUCCAGCCUCGAACAACGAAGCAGAAUACGAAUCUUUGAUCGCUGGACUCCUCUUAGCAAAAUCUGUCAAGGCCAAACGCCUAAGUGCCUACUGCGACUCGCAGUUAGUCGCCAGUCAGUUUAGCGGCGAUUACGACGCCCGCAACGAUUGGAUGGACGCCUACCUCAAGAUAGUACAGGUCUUAGCCGCAGAGUUUGAAUUCUUCGAACUCGUCAAAGUUCCCAGAGGAGAAAACGUAUGCGCCGACGCCCUUGCAGCCCUUGGAAUCAAGCUUCGUGACCAAGUUAAACGAACUAUUCCAAUACACCGCAUUGAGAAGCCGAGCAUCGAUAUCUCGACAGACCAAACCAUCUUCAUAGCCCCAAUCGCCGAAACCAACACUCUCGUUACUAAUGAAUUUGGCCCCGACUGGCGAACUGAGUUCAUCGACUAUCUCUUAAAGGGGGAACUUCCAACCGAGAAAUGGGCAGCCCACCGACUAAAAAUGCGCAGUGCCCAUUAUGUCGUCCUAGACAACGAACUCCAUCGAUGGACUGCAAGUAAAGUACUCCUCAAAUGUAUCCACGGUGAAGAAACGGUCAGGGUUAUGGCCGAAACACACGAAGGCGCUGGAGGAAACCAUUCGGGCGGACGAGAAUUAGCAAUCAAAGUGAGAAGCCUAGGCUUCUUCUGGCCGACGAUGAACGCAGAUUACGAGUCCUACGCCAGAAGCUGCGACAAAUGCCAACGGCAUGCACCAAGCAUCCAUUGUCCAACUGAAAUGUUACGAACGAUGGUCGCGCCGUACCCGUUCAUGUGA